UUCACGUUUUUAUUUUUGAGGCUGCAGAAUUAAAUCUGACCUGCCUGUUGCCUUAACUCCACGCAGUAGCAGCAGCAACAGCAGCAAUGGCAGCCGGGCAGUGAGACACAUGUCACAGCAGUCUGUGAGACGAAACACAUUUUCGUGGGGGCCGAGAGACGACAAAUAAGCAAAAUGUCUCGGCACAGAAAUGUCCGAGGUUACAACUACGAUGAAGACUUUGAAGAUGAUGACAUGUAUGGACAGUCUGUGGAUGAUGACUAUUGCUGUAUAUCACCAGCAACAGCCAAUCAGUUCAUCUACUCACGUCAAGAGAGGCAAGCACCAAAGGAGGAGCCUUUAGAAGAGGAAGAGUAUGAAGAUGAAGAUGUUCCUAUGUCCCCUACCAUCAGCCACAACCUUGACCCUCUUGAUCAAGCCAAGCUGUAUUCUUGUCUGGACCAUAUGCGGGCAGUGCUUGGAGAUGCAGUACCAGACUCAGUCCUGAGCCAGGCAGCCAUAAAAUUUGGAUUUGACCCACAGAGGGCACUGGACGCCGUCCUGUCUGAGGACACUAAAACAGCCCCAGUUAAAAGAAGUACCAAUGAGGAGACAGCUUCGGUAGCAAGAGUUGGCCAGGAGAAAGCGCCCCUUCCACAAAGAACCAAACAAGAGGCCGUGGCUGAGAAAGGAGCCUGCUUGUCUGCUUCUCACACAGACAUUAGAACUGAGGCACAUAACCCCCAGUCCAAUGGGUGCAAACAUACGCAACUACGUGUGCCAGCAAGUGCACCAAACUUGUGUGACCUCUUAUCUCAAAAUAAGCCUGAGCUAGUGGUUAGCAGCUCUGGAAAUCAAAAUGUUAUCUGUCAAAAUAUUGGUUCAGGUGUUAGCAGUCUGGCACAGCUCAUGUCUGAGCAUGAGCAGAAGAGUAAGGGGACAGCAGUAAUUGACACAGGGUCAAGUUUGGGUAUUCCUUCAUUAAGUGCUCUCACCAUAGGACCCAGUUCACCUCCGUCCCUUACGUCCAAUCUGAAUAGUCUCUCAUUGGGAACAUUGGCGUCUUUAAAUAUAUCUUCAGCAUCUCACAGCUCAGCUCCCUCCCUCCUUCCAGUUUCACUCAGUAGCCUGUCACUAAACAACCCAAAACUAACAACUGCAAGCUCUUCUCUGGCUGCUCCUCCUGGGUUUGGGAGUCUCAGAUCUGUUCUUCAGAGCAACCAGCUCUUAGUGGGCGUUGGAACUGGAGGCAAAGCCACAAUGACUGAUCCUAAGGGAAGCCCAUCACUGGCUGAUUUAAUCCAGGAGCACUCAAACCACCGUCCAACUAUCAGUAACUCUUUCUCUGCUCCACAUAGUAGCAUAGUCUCUGUAAAGUCUCAGUGCAUGACUGCACCAGCACAAACUUUCUCUUUGUCUGAACUUGCUUCACAGCACCAAAACAGGGCUUCACACAUUCAGUCUCAAUCACAGAGCACUGAACGACUGGCAAACACAACUACCUUUUCUAAACCAACCAACAUUUCUUCUACAUGCCUGGGUGGGACUGUCUCACUGUCGCAGCUAGCUUUGCAACAUCAAACCCACAGUUACUUACCUUCCCCUCAACCUGUCAGCUCUGAAUCUCCUGCAAAUGCUCUGAAACAGCCACCUGGCCUUUCUGAGCCGCUCUCUUUGUCACAUUUGGCUUCUGAAUGCAAAGAUGAAACCUCAACCACCUCAUACAGGUCACAGCACUCCCUAACCUCGCUCUUUUCACCAGCAAAACCAGAGAGGGCGGGUGUCUUGCCAGAAAGUACUUUAGAAGGUGGCAUCAAGUGUAAGCUCGACCACAAAUCAAACCACCAAAGCGCUGUGCUGCCUAAACCGAGCCAGAAUAUUGAUUUGAGUGCACUCAUGGCCCAGUCACAUGGAACAGGCCCACGCCACCUUGACAACGACCUUGUGUCGCUGCCCUGUUCAGCUCCACUUGUCUUGAGGCUAGAUUCUUCUGUUUUUGCAAAACCUUCAGUAUUUGCGAUUACUUUGUCGACUCAGAACCGCAGACAGCUGAAGAGAACAAGGAAUGUAUUGAAGGGAAAAAGAAGAGGUCAGAGGACAGGAAGUGGUUACCAGGCCUUCGUCUGUAAAGAGCAGGACAAAGCCAAUGAGCAGCUUACCCCACUUUCACCAAUUGUACCAUUCCGCUUUGACACUCCAUCACCUGACGACAUCGUCCGUGCUAAUCAGCGAAAAGCUUUCACCAGGUAGACAAGAGGAAAUAAAAAGCACUUAUUUCAGUUGCAUCGAGGUUGGUGCUAAGUUGACUAACUUGGGAUAAGAACCUCAGAGUUUUCUGGUGGCCUUUGCUCCACCAACUGCGCUAAACUCAGAGAUGCAGCACUCAGGGUCAUCAGUCCGUAUGAGUCUUUUUAACUACUGUGUCCCACAAUAAGCCAUGUGGAGUGAAGAAACCUUUGGGACCAACAAUACGGCACAAUGACGUACUUGCUGCUGAUCACUGCAAAAAAAAAAAAAACUUCUAGAAACAGUAUUAUGACAUUUAUGCAUUUUCUUUUAUAGAGGUAAAGAAACAAAUCUUGUGUUGCUGUUACAUACAGAACAAUGAUGUUUUAGUCAGACUGAACUACUCAGAGCCUCUCUGGCAGCUUGAAAUUAAUUGCAGCUAAUCUUUCAAAGGAUUUUAAGAACUUUUAGAAAGACAUUUCUUCAUUUACUGUAGUUAAGCAUUUUUUUUGCUGUAUUUUAAAUUUUGAGUCUUAUUUUUGUAUGCUUAUAUGGCCAUUGGCUUUUUAAUUUUUGUAUGAAAGUAAAGUAGUUUAAUCUUAGCCAGGGAAAAUUAAAAUCUAUCUCUUUUGGCGUGACCUCUUUUCUUUUCUGGCUUUGAGCUGCAUGAACCCUCAAAAGAGAAAAAAGAGGUUGAUUUUGUUUGCAGGUGUGCUGCAGCUAUUGGAAUAUGGAUCAGUUAACCAUUGUACUGGUUUACUGCUGCCUGUGUUUGAGAUCAUGGGGUUGACUUUUUGGUUUAGAGGACACCUGGAGAUUUUCCCAUGAGAGAGCAGGAACACACACACACACACAGACAUAUGCAUGCGCACUCAGACAUGCACACACAAUGAACAAGUGAACUCUUUUUAUUGUCUGAUAUUAACAAAAUGAGUUUAAAAUGAAUACCAAUAAAGAGUGUACCGAAUAAGUGAAAAUGAAUGCCUUCACACCCGAGGUAAAGUUUUUUUUUUCUCUUGCUCUUAAUAGCUUUUAAUAUCACAAUGUACAGAUGUGUUUGAUUUACACUGGGUGUGUCAUCACAUGCUGCCAGAGGUUAAUUUGUUAAUUUUGAAAUAAAGAUGACUGAAUUUA